AUGGAGGGAGAGAUUUGGAGACGAUCGGAAGAAGGGACGGUGGAGUUCGUUGGAGAAGGGACGAGCGUGAAGAAGAGAAAAAAGAGGAUCAAAGGGACGUGGUCUCGUGAGGAAGACGUUAUGUUGAGUGAGCUCGUUGAGAAGUUCGGACCGAGGAAUUGGAGUUCGAUGGCACGGAGUAUACCUGGUCGGUCUGGGAAGUCUUGUCGUCUUCGGUGGUGUAAUCAGCUUGAUCCUUCUCUUAAACGUAACCCUUUUACUGAGGUAGAGGAUGAGGCUAUCAUCAGAGCACAUGCCAUCCACGGAAACAAAUGGUCUAUCAUCGCCAAGCUCCUCCCCGGAAGAACAGAUAACGCUAUCAAAAACCACUGGAACGCCACUCUAAGACGUCGAUGCACGGACAUAAUGCUGACAACAGAUACAAGAACUGGAAACUUAGUCCUGGAAGAUUCUAGAUUCAGCAGAACGUUGAACCCCAUCGCAUCAUCUGAAGAAACUUUAUCUUCAAGUGGUGGUGGUGGUGGUGGUGGACAUGUAACUACUCCACUUGUAUCCUCAGACGGCAAAGAAGCCACCUCCAUGGAAAUAUCUGAAGAACAAUGCGCAGACAAAACAAACGAGGAAGACAUUUCUAGGCAAGAAUGUAAUGAUGAUCCUCCAACGCUUUUCCGCCCAGUAGCCAAACUCAGUUCCUUUAAUCCUUACAAUCACAUGGAAGGAUCUUCUUCCUCUCCACAUGUACUAAACCAAAACAAGUUCCAAUCAUGUAAACAAGACACAGCAAUGAUGAGAUUGCUUGAAGGAGCUUACAGUGAACGGUUUGUGCCUCAGAAAUGCGGAAGUGGGUGUUGCAGCAUUUCUCAGAAAAGCUCAUUGCUAGGUCCAGAAGAGUUUGUAGACUACUUAGACCCACCAACGUUCCCGAGUUAUGAACUAGCCGCUAUAGCAACGGAUAUAAGCAGCCUCGCUUGGUUGAGAAGCGGUUUAGAGAGUAGCAGUGUGAGGGCGAUGGAGGAAGCUGCUGGUCGGUUAAGGUCUCAGGGCACAAGAGCACAUCGAGAUCAUUGUAUGGUGUCUGAACAAGGAAAGAGCAGAACCAAUGUGUUGUCUACAUAAAAACAGAGUAACUGAGAGUUUUCUUCUUCAGAUUUGCUUACCUUAUUUAUUUUUUGUUUUUUUCUUCUCAUCUCCUGAUCUCAGAGAGCUUGAGUGUUACUUGUAAUCAAAGUUGUGAUGUAAUUUAGUAGAAAUAGUUUAUAUAGUUAUGAAAUUGAGUCUUUUCAAACAUUCAUGUGACUUGUAUAGCUGUUUCACUUUGUAACAUGAUUUCACAACAAAGCCUAC